AUUCAGAUUCGUAUGCAUACAUAACACAAGAAGCAAAAGUACUAAGACUGUCUCUGAGAGAGAGAGAGAGAGAUAAGAAGAACAAAGAUGGGUUACCAUUCGUUCUUGAGAAGUCCAAAGAAAGAAGAACAGGAAGUGCCAGAUACUGUUCUAACCGAAUUCUCCGACACAAAGGAUGCUUCUUAUGCCGAUGAAGAACUCGACAUCAUGGAUGAACUGGAGGGUAUUUGGGGCAUUGAAGCCGAUGAAAAAUUACCACAGAACAACAAGAAGUAUGGUCAACUCAACUGGGAUUUCAUGGAUUGGGAAGAAUUUCCAUUUAGAGAAGGCCGUACUGAAGAACAAGAUCAUCAGCAGAAAGUGUUUGAAGAAGAAAGCAACCGUACAACUGGCAAGGUUAUAAAGAAGGAGAAUCUUGGGCUUUUGGGGGAUGAUGAUCAUGAUGAUGAGAAGAAGGCAUCAUUGAAUUUGAACUUGAAUUAUGAAGAUGUCUUACAUGCUUGGUCCGACCGGGGCUCUCUUUGGGCCGAUGAUUAUUCUCCUUCCAUGGCAAGCAAUGGCUAUUAUACGAGAGAGGUGCCUGUGAUGGAAGAGGAGAGAACAAGAAGGGAAGCAAGAGUAGAAAGGUACAAGGAGAAACGCCAUACCAGGUUGUUCUCAAAGAAGAUAAGAUACCAAGUUCGCAAACUCAAUGCAGAUAAAAGGCCUAGACUCAAGGGUCGGUUUGUGAAGAGAGUUUCUUGACAAUAUAGUUAGAUGCUCGAACUUGGACGAAGAAAUAUCUCUCAAAAUAUCUCUAUACAUAUUGUAUCUUUUCUAGAAUAUCCUUUUUUGUAAUUGCAUCUGUUGAAAAUAUCUCCACUCAGCAGACUUUCUGUGCACAUGUUAUGGAACUUUAUAUGGUGGACUUGAAAGUUGAAAGGCCCUAUCAUGCAAAAUUGACAGACCCCAUUAGUUAAUAUCAUGGUCUAUCUCCAUCCCAGCUCUCAGAUCAUGAACCGUAUGACAAGAUUUUGAUCUUCAGCAAUCCAACGGUCAGCAUUCAGAGGGAUAUAUAUAUAUAUUAUUUUGUAUAUAAGGGGGUAUGUACAAUAAUAUUAUACAGUGGUCCUCAUCGAUCCAUCUCCAUCACCAUUUUUUAUCUUGUUCUUUUUUCCUGGUUUUUUCUUUGCUAUUGGCUGUCUUUUUUACCUAUAUAUAUGCAGCUGCAAUAGUCUGCUACUGCUAGAAUAUGCAUAUCAUCAUGAUCAUGAUCAGGAGGCUCCAACACAACCAAUGAACCAUUGUUAAGGUGCCAACGUCUAGACAGGUGGUGCCUCAUGAUAGCAGUACGCGAUAUUGAUUCCAAUUGAAGAGUACUUUCUACUGGUCAUAUCAUGUGGUAAUUAUGGACUUUCCGAUGUGGCAGACAUGUAUCAAUUUGGUGGAAUAAUCGAAUAUCUCACCUCGGAUAUUGAUGUUUUUUUAGUCCUUUCCUUUUACUUUUCUUAAGCUUUUUUUGGUUAGCAUUAAUUCGUUGUAUGGAUUGGAUGGUACUUCCUUAAU